AUGCGUUUCGAUUCAUCCAUCUUCCUCCUCCCCUUCCUCCCCACGCUGGUCUCAGCCUGGUACCCUCCCACACUCCAGGGUUACAACCUGGUCUGGUACGACCAGUUUGAAGGCAACUCUGCAACCUUGCCCAACACGGGUCGGUGGAACAUCAUCAACGGCAAGCUCAACGUCAACAACGAGCUCGAGACAUACUCCUCCUCCACCAGAACCGUCCAGGUCAGCGGCGGCUACACCCUCCAGAUCGUCCCCUGGCGCCAGCAGAACGGCAAUGGCGACUGGAUCUCCGGCCGCAUCGAGUCCACCUACACCUUCACGCCCCAAGCCGGCAAGAAGACCGUCGCCCAGGCCGACAUCCGCUUCGGCAGCAACCCGACCAACACCAAGGCCGGGAUCUGGCCGGCCUUCUGGCUGCUAGGCCAAGAGCUGCGGACAGGCGGUAGCUGGCCCGCCUGCGGCGAGCUCGACAUCCUUGAGACCGUCAACGGCGACUUGAGGGGUUACGGAACCCUCCACUGCGGAACCAAUCCCGGCGGGCCUUGCAAUGAGCCGACGGGUAAGGGGGCUAGUACCGUGAUCCCGAACCAGGACUGGCAUACGUGGAAGAUCGAGUGGGAUCGCACGUCGGGCGACUGGUAUACUUCCAAGAUUACCUGGUACAUGGACGGGGUCAAGUUCCAUGAGGUUUCGGGACAGUCGCUCAAUGACUGGACGGCGUUUGACAAGAUUAGCAACAAGCCGUUGUUCUUUAUUUUGAAUGUGGCUGUUGGUGGGAAUUGGCCCGGUUACCCGAACGGUAACACUCAGGAUGGGUAUGGGUCGAUGAUGGAGGUUGGUUAUGUCGCUCAUUACGUCUCUUACUGA